UUAUUUAGCAAUUAGUGUUUCACGGAUUAACUGAAGCGCUCUAAUGUUAUGAAAUAAAACUUCAUUAGCAUUAUUCUAGCAAAUAUCCAUUAUUUAUAUAUCAGCAUAUGUUAACUACAAUAUAGUCUGGUAAAAUAAAUUACUGUUGUAGAUAAUGACAAUAGAGUGCUUCGAGCUAUGGUUCUAACGAAACCAGAACUAUACAUUGAUGAGUUCAAAGACUGGUUCCAUGCGAUUACUGGCAAAAGUAUAUCUAUAGCCACUAUGUGUCGGUCAAUUAUUCGUCUGGGAUUCACAUAUAAAAAGUUGAGGAUUGUUGCAUGGCAACAAAGUGAAAUACAGAGAGCAGAGUAUACAAGAUUUAUGUCAAAUAUACCACGAAGUAACCUUUUGUUUGUUGAUGAAACCGGGAAGGAUACAAGGAGUUUUCAGAGACAACGAGGUCAUUGUGUACCUGGACAUGACCAUCUGCACAGAGUUGUCGGGAAUGUUGUGAGGCAGGAUAGAUAUAGUACUGUGGCAGCKCUCAGUAUUCAGGGAAUCAUUGCUCAUCACACUGUUCCAGGAAGUUUUGAUACAGCAAGUUUCAUAUUUGCCAUGAUAUAUUUYAUAUUACCCCUUGUGGGUAGAUUUGYAUUGAAUGAACCCAGGUCAGUGAUAGUACUAGACAAUGCUAGGAUUCAUGAUGCUGAUGAGUUCAUUGACAUGUGCAGAAAGAAAGGAUCAAUAGUCAUAUUUCUUCCAUAAGUAGCUAUCAAUAUGCAGUGAUAAUUUAUGUUCUCUGUACAAAAUUACAAAUGUAACAGGACCAAUUCAUGUCUUUGUACUGGAUAAUAGAUAUAGUGAUUGUUACCAUAGUAAUUCCUCACUAUCCCAAUUUUAUUGCUAUAGCUAAGUACUUACAAUAAAAAUACUUGUUGCCUAUUUCAUUMUA